UAAACAAAGUGAAGUAACACCUUAAAAUAACUAAUAAAGGCAGAGCACUACUGUUCAAGUCAAACAGGCCUUUUUCCACUGCAGACAUGAAUCGCCAUUAUCUGUUAUUUCACAUACUAACUUAACUAAUUGCAUCUGUUUGAAAUUUCCAAUGUGGAACAAUGGUUGGUAUCAUCUGUUAUACAGUCUAUGGUUAUGACGCUCUGGACUCGUUUCACGUGACUCUCUUUGUUACGGACUCCGCCUCUCCCCCGUGAACGCGCCUUAAGCCGAAUUAGAAAAUCCUGGGUUAACAAAGCUCGCUGAUAUCCAGCUUCAUAACACCGUCAUCUUUCCCCCGUUUUCGUCGCUUAGACAGUUAUUUAUUAACGUGAAGCGUGCCGUGACCAACUGUCGUGUCCGUUAAGCUCGGGUUUAUUCCGCUUGACGACGGAUUUGUGUUACGAUUUGAUUAUUAAAUCUAGCAUUGAAACAUCUCGGAUAACUGCGCGCACCCGCUCCGCCACAAAGGGGAGAGCAAUCGCACGCUGAAACCCGGAUCACAACUCAUGAACGCAGACAGAGAUUUCCAGAUGAUGAAAAAAAACGAGAGGGCACAUUUUUUCAGCUCUAAAGAGCAGGAACUUAUCUUAAAGUUGUAUGAGGAAGAAAGAGAAAUACUGACAGCCAAAUCCAACACCACAAGCGCCUCUAAACUCAGAGAGGAAGCCUGGCAGAGAAUUGCUGAUAAAAUAAACACGGUAUCAGACAGUGGCUACAAAAGAACAUGGCAGCAAGUGAAAGUCAAACAUAAAAACAUAGUGCAAACAGCAAAAAGAAGACGGGCAGAGGUGAUGAGGAAUGAGGGGGGCUCAGCAACCCCGUCUCUGACCUCUGCAGAAGAGGACGUGCUGCAGCACAAAGACAACAGGCUACGAGUGGAGGUCCUCCCUAGUGGUGCUUGUAUUGAGCCGCUGACUGGAUCUGACAGCUCUUUUAUUAGUGUCUCAGGCCAUCCUGUCCUCCUCCUGCCUGUAACAAAGACUGAGCCAGAGAGUUUGAGCGGUGAUGAGACAGACGUCAGUGACACUAACUUUGAAGGGGAUGUACACAACAGCAGCUUCCAGGAGACUGCCAACUCAACAUGUGCUACACCUGGAGGCAGAAGUGCAGAGAAGCAGACAGACGACAUAAGAGCCCUUUACUGCUCCUACCUCAAGAAGGAAAUAGAGAACCGCGACCAACUGAUGGCAUACAGAGCACUUAAAAUGAGGAAGAUGGAGAAAGAAAUUUUAUUACUUGAUAAGCAGCUGAUGUGAACAUGAGUUGCUCAGGCCAAGUGUGACUUCAGGGAAGAGCAUGUACACUAAGUGGAGCUGCUGUGCCCCAGGAGGAUUCCACUGUCACAUGAGUUACACUUCAUUCAUUGACAAACUGUACUCCAGCAACGGGAUUUGAAAUGACUGAAUGAAACCGUGAAUGACUUUAACUUGAGGGCAUUUACAUCCACAUCAGAUGAGUAGUACAGGGACUGUCAACAUGAAGAAUGUCUUUAUAUUUAAUAUUUGGUGUCGAAUGCUUUGCAAUGACUUCUUUUUCACGGAGUCUGGUGUUCAACAAAUUAAACUCAUACUCAGUUGUAUUGAGAUCAGGUAUCUUGGCUAGUCAAGAUUGCUUUAUGUUUGUCUUGUGUGAAUGAUUUGGAUACAUUGUCAACCCCACAUCACUUCACUGAAACAUUUGUGAUGAGAUGUAGAAUUACACACAAUGUGAAGGAAAAGCUUGAAACUGAUUUCUCCCAUCACCAGCAGAGGAGGUUACUUUAUUCUCCAAGCGUUUGCCUUUCUGUUCCAUAUGCAUAUAAGGAGAAAGGUAAAAAGCAUUCUAUUUUAAAGCAUUCAAUUAACCACCACAUCUAAAAGUACAGGUUGGACAGUUUGGAAUUUGGAUGAUUCAAAACAGCCUUUUCUCAUGUUA